GUGUGUGUGUGUGUGUGUGUGAGACUCACUCUGUCUGUUCUCGGAUGGUUCAGCAGCUCCCCGCUUCUCCCUCUCUGCCUCGCGCUCUUCUCCCGGCCUGAAGUUAACGGCUGUACCGGGAACUUUAACGUGUUUAGAGCGCGUCCUGACAGAUCAGAAGAGUUGGAUCCAAGUGUAGCAGCUUCACCACCGACAGGCACUCGUCUUCUCUUCUUCUCUUCACCUCUUCUUCCUCUCUUCGUCCUGCCUUCAUCCUCCAACCCCCAACGUCAGUGGAACGUUUCAAUCCCCUCUGAUAUUCAGGUUAAUCUGAUUAUGAAGAUAUUCUCUGAGACACCUCUUCGUCAAUGACGGCCAAGAUGGAGACUCCUUUCUACCACGACGACUCCUCCGCUGUCCACACCUUUAGCCAGAUUGCAGAAUAUGAGCGUUACCCCGGAAACAAGAUGCUGAUGAGUAAGAAGGCCAUGUCAGUGGUGGGCAGUCAUCACUUCCCCAGCGGUGGUGCAGCAGGAGGUAGGGGUGGGAACCACAACAACCUGGGGCUCGCUGGCAACAGCUCCCUGAUGACAUCAGCAGCACCCUCAGCGGACAUGAACCUCCUGAAGCUGGCAUCCCCCGACCUGGAGCACUUGAUCAUCCAGUCCAACCAGGGACUGGUCACCACCAGCCCUGUGUCAAACUCCACCAAUGCCUUUCUGUACCGCAACCAGGCCACCAAUGAGCAAGAAGGAUUUGCUGAUGGCUUUGUCAAAGCGCUCGCUGAUCUUCACAAACAGAACCAGCUAGUGGGAGGUGGUCCCAUGUCCCCAUCUUCAUCCUCCGCCGUCUCUCUGCAGACAUCCUACCAGAGGAACCUGAUGUCCAGUGGAGACAUGCCCAUCUACACCAACCUCAGCAGCUACAACCCGGGCCAGAUGACUUACCCUGGGGGGCAGAUGACGUACGGUAGUGGCUCAGGCCAUGGCAGCGGUGGAGCCUCUCAAAGCCACACCAGAGGCCUGGAUGCCCCUCAGACAGUCCCUGAGGUGCCUCACCCGGCGGGCGACCCUACUUCCCCGCCCUCCCUCUCUCCAAUUGACUUGGAGACACAGGAGCGAAUCAAAGCAGAACGCAAAAAGCUCCGCAACCGCAUUGCCGCGUCCAAGUGCCGCAAGCGGAAGCUGGAGCGGAUCUCACGGCUGGAGGAGAAGGUGAAGGUCCUGAAGAACCAGAACUCGGACCUGGCCUCCACCGCUGCCAUGCUGCGGGAGCAGGUCGCCCAGCUCAAACAGAAGGUCAUGAGUCACGUCACCAAUGGCUGCCAGAUUGCCGUCAGCUCGGCCACUGGCAAGUCUGGAGGAGGAGGGGGAGGAGCUGGCAGUGAGGACUCCAGCUGCUGAGGGGGACACAAGCUGAAUAAGCGUCUGAACACAAGCCAAGGGGCCGAGGGGCCAAGGGUUUACUUUUACGAUUUUGCCAUUUUGCUCGCACUUACGGUCAGAGCGAGCAGAGAUGGAGGCGUAAGAACAGAUGGAUGUUUAAUGGAAUUCGUGUAGCCCUGUAACCCGCUGUCAAUCAUCCAGACACAGGGGGCAGAGCUUAGAGGAGAGAGAGGAGACAGAAAGAGGGAUAACUCCCUGAUGUGUAAAGUUCAAAUUUGGGUAAUUUGAAUUUUGCUGUUGAUUUUUUGUCAGAGGAGAUGUUGGCAAAUUUUAUUUAAAGACAUUGUGUGUAUGAACAGAUAUGACACAUUUACUGGACAGAUGAGUUCAAUUUACGGACAGGUCAUGAUAAUAUUGUUGGUUUUUUUUUGAGAUGUCAAUACAUCUCAGUAAAUAACUGGAAACAUUGGAAAUUCUUUUCCACCAUUGAUUUUAUUGUCAUUUAUAGUACAAAUAUUGUUUGAAUAAAUGACAUAUUAAAAUGAACAUUUUUACAGUGUGACAUUAAUCUUUUAUAUUUUGAAACAGAGUUGAAAACACUGCUUAUAAAAGGUUAUCCAAAUGUUCAAAUCGCAAGUACUGAUUUAAUUCAUUCAGUGUGAAGUAAUCAGAUUACUACUGAUUACAGAGUAAGGACUGUAAUUUGAAUUUUCUUGUCAGAAUUUACAAUAAUCAGUUAUCAGAAGAGUAUUAAAGAGAUAAUUUGUUACUUUUUUUACAACAGUCCCACUGUGUGUUAGCGAUGGGACCAUACACACCAAGCACUAUGACACCUCUGUUUUUUACAGUAACUCUUCAUAGUUACUGUGAUAGAUCUAUGUAAUCUGAUUACAUGUCUGAAACUGAAGUCCAGCUGUGGUUCGUAAUAAUCCAGUGACUGUUUAAAAUUUUGAACUGUGUUUCUGUGUUUUCUUUGUCUAUUGUUGCUGGAAGUUAAAAGCCUUUAAAGCUGCAUUUCGAUCAGGAAAUGGUUAAAAGUUGGUUGUUUUUUUGAGCUGACUGGCUGUUUGUUCAUUUCAGUAGUUGGCUGAUGGAAACUAUUCUCACUUUCUCUGGAUCUUUCAGGAAUCAGGACUGAAGGGAAUGUUCAAUUUAAGACCUGCCAGUGACGAUACCUGUAUGGUUUUAAUGUCUCAAUUUAAAAACAAGUUGUUGUUUGUUUUGUUUUUUUUUUACUUUUCAACUACUGGUAAGAAGAGAGAAUUUCACGUUCAACUCAAUGGCAGUUUUUUUGAAAUAGUUCACAUGUUUUUGAAGCAACAGAACUAUUACUGACAUAAACAUAAAUUAUGAUGAUGAACAAUGUCAGAUGAAGACGUUUGAUGAUGACGUUUCUUGUCUCCUUUAUUCUCAGUGCAUAACAGUGUUGUGCAUACAGUAUAAGAUAUGACUAUUGAACAUUUAUCACUUUGAUUAGUUUGCAGCUUUAGAUGGAAGCCAAUUUCUGGCAGGAAUGAAGAAAAAAAAAGAUUGAAUGUUAAGGGUGAUGAAAAAAAAAUUAAAAACAAAAACAAACAUAUAAUCUCAAAUGUCCUAAUUUGGCCUUCCAUGACAUUAUAUUAUAAUUUUAAUUGGGAAAAAGUCCAGAUUUAAGGGUUGUUGUAAUUCACCUUGUUUUUGUUCCUGGUUGUAAUGAGCUUCCACUGGUUAAAGAUCUUCAAAGAAAUUUAUAAAGAAAGAUUUUGUUUACUCAAAAAUUAUCUCAGUGGAAUAUCAAAUGUGUUUCACCUGCUUUGUUAAAAAUAUAUUUUUAAGAGUCAAUUUCAGGUUCAAUUACCUGAUGAAUUUCUGAAUUAUUAAUUAUUAUUAUUAUUAUUAUUAUUAUUAUUAUUAUUAUUAAUUAUUUAAAGUUAAAGGUCCAACCUUUAAUCCUAAAUGUAAACAAAAUGUAUAUGAAGGACAAUGCACUCCUAGCUGUGCUGUUAUGAAGAAUAAUGCACUCUCAAUUGUGUACAUAUAGUGCUCACUGUGGAAAUAUGCUCCUCAAGGAGGUUUCUGAGGUCCUUGAGGGGAUUCCUUAGAUCUUUGAGGAGUCUGCAGAGGUCUUUGAGAGGGUUUCUGAGGUCCUGGAAAAGAAUGCAGUCCUUGAACAGGUUGAGGAGGGCCUUGGGGAGAAUGUAGAGGUUCUUGAGGGGUUUCCUGAACUCCCUGAGACGGUUAUGGAGACUUAAGCAUCAGCACUAUUGCUAGGGGUUACCUGCAAGUUAACCUCCUGAGAUCCAAGCUUUUGUUUGGCAUGCAUUGUUAAUUUCUCACUUCUCCUGAGUAAUUUUAAGUAGGAUCUGAUAAGUAUAAGUGUAAUAAACUAAGCAUCGUCUUUGAACACUAAGUAGUUUUUGAAAAAAAAAAAAGUCCUCCUAUGGGGGCAUUGGUUUUAUUUUCAAUGGUCACAAGUGUGUAAUAAAUUGUAAAAAAAAAAAACCUGUUCAAAACAGUUAAUUUCACUGCCUGAACAUGGCUGUGCAAAAUGAAAAUUGCAAAUAAUGCAGCAUAUCUAAAAGCAAUGUGAGUUGUUCCUUUUGUAACUGUAUGAUUUUUCUUUGCUCUAUAUUCCAAGCUUGGAAUGUCCUUUCUGUCUGUGGGAACAGUCUGUCACACCUAACUGACCUGUGCUACUCGCGAUAAUACAAUAAUAAAGUCCCAAUGUCCUCGAACAAGUACUUCCUAAUUUAGCUUGUUACUGUUGCUAAAAUUGGUCAGAUUUAAAUGCUGUAUCAAACUACAAAUGUUAUGUAUAUAAAUAAUCAUUUUUUAACCAUUACAUUUGAUCAGGUUUUGUACCUUGUCUUUUUUUGUGCGUGUUGGGAUCUGCUGUAGACUAAUUUGGCAGAGAUGGCCGCCAUCUUGUUUUUACAUGGAUUAGUGUAUUUUAUGAAAUAUAUUUUAUAUUUUUGCUAUCACUAGAAGGCACAUAAAGGUGUCCAUGAAUGAAGACCAUGGGUCAAAGAAGCGGAAUGAAGUAUAAGGUGCAGCAAACCCAAAAUGUAAUGUCCUCAUAUAAGGAUACAGGGUCGCAGGAGGUUAAAUUGAUUUAGAUUAGUGGUUAAACUGUUAACCUGAACUAUGUUUGAAAUGUCCACACGUAAGAUUUUUAACAGACUCCUGCCAGCCAAUUAGAGAACAAGAUGUUCAAUUGCUUUAAUAAAAAUACGACAUAGUGUGUGUCAUUUUGGAGAGUGUGUUAUUGUUCGAUAACUGCACAUUUUAUUCUGGAUUCUUACUUAAGUUAUGUACGUGAGUACAACUUAUAUUUAUAUGGUGAAAGAAAGAUUGGGCCUUUAAUAUCUUGGUUCUCUGGAAAAUCCACAAAAGAAUAUAUUAUGUAAAUGUGUUGUUGUUUAUGCAGUGUGUUGAUUGAUAUUUUUACACGUUUUUCACUAAUGAUCCCUCUCUAUUUCCGGACUCUGUUUUGUUCUGACUUUCCUGUCCAGUCAGCAGCUCUAUCAUGUUACAAUUUGUAGACUGCAGCUGUCAGACAGAAAAACAGAACUGCAAAGAAAUAAAAUAAAUCAGAUUUUUUUUUUGUGAACAACAAAAAAUAUAAAGCUCUACUACUUUUAAAAAAAUCACAUCAGAGCUUUAUCUGAACAUUUAUGCGCACCCAUGAAAUAAAAAUUAUUUCAGUUGCAGUUAGAUGUUUUCUGUUUGACAAAAAAAGGUCUUUUCAAAAUACUGUUGGCGAGUUUUAAACAAAUAUUUAUUUUUUUGAACUUGAACAAGGCUUUUGACGUCUAAUGAUUCUAUUUUUGUACAAAUGUAUAAAGAAUAUUAAUAUUCUGAAAUGAUGUGUGUACAAGCUGUUUGAUUUGAUCAAACACUUUAUGUCUCUAUUUAUUAUGAGUAUCUUUUGUUAUACUGAUGCGUGUUUAUUUCCUUUACACUGUUCUGCUGCGUACAAGUGUUUGUGUCAAUAUAUCUGAAUAUAAAAUAUUCACCUGCUGCUGGUUUGCUGUUUUUAAAUUUAGAGUUGGAGUAAGGUGUUUUCCACAUGACAGUGGCCACGUGUUGUAACAAGUACACCUUUCUAAACUCAUUUCAACUGUUUUAGGUGUUCAGCAUUUCACAUAAAGGAUAA